UGGACACCUCACCUGGUGUGGGUUCCUGCCAGACAUAUUUCACAGCUCUUACCAUGUCGCCUUACAUGUAAGAGAUGUAACACAGGCUUUUUCAGUGAUGACCUACAUUUUUUUUCUCCACAGCUUACAAAAACCUUAUUAAUCGUUUGUGCAGUGGUGGUUCUUGCUCCAUUCCCGUAUGUGCUCGCCAGGCCCACUCAGGUGCAGGAGAAACGAUGCGUUCCAACUAAAAGUCUACAAAUCAAUGAUUCAACGUCACGCAUUAGAAUCAACUACCAGAUCUUCAAAGUGGCAUCAAAAACACCCUCUUACGUCCAGAUUGUGCAGCUCUUUUGUAAGACGGGAUAUUUUUUGGCGCUUAAUGUCACCGCAAAGAAGAAUCGAAUCAUAGGAAUCGUGAACCAAUCAAGUGAAAGCACAUUUUUCGAGUCCCAGUCCCUUGGAACAAGCAUUGUGAGACUGCGGAAUCUUGUCAGCGGACGGUUUCUGGCGAUCAAUGCGAAGGGACGGGUCGUUACUCAGGCAAAAGUUUCAGAUGAGAGCAUUUUCAAAACCAUGUACGAGGAAAACUAUUUCCACACCUUCACUUCGCAUAAGUAUUUCAAGAACCGGCGCCAUGAUUUGUUCCUUGGAAUCAAACAGAACGGCCACAGCAAGUCGCCGAAGCUCUCUUCUCCUGGACAGAUGUCUGUUCAAUUUAUUUUACUGCCUAACAACAACACUGAAGAGAAAGCUAGAAUUAUGGCAUCCGCGAAGCAAAAUCGCGUAAAACAAGGAAAACGAGAGAUGUGGUGAAACUCUAGCGCGAACAAAAUUGUAAAGUAGGAACAUUUGUAUUUCAUAGAGCAGUUUUCAAUUGAAUGUCGUAAAACCAAAACCAAAGUGAUCACUCUGACCAAUCACAAAAGACACAGAAAAUACAGAGAACCAAUCAAAACUCAAAGUAAGUAGACAUAGCUGUCAUAAAGCGCGGGGAAAAUG